UUGGCGUUGUCGAACAUAAAAUUGCGGCAGAAAAAUGCUUUAUCAAAUGUAAUUCAAUGUGAGAUAAGAUAAUAGUGAUAGGAAGGAUGUGUGCAUAUAACUUUCUGUCUUCAGAUAAAAUUUGAAUAGACUUGCAUACGAAAGAAUAGUAAAAUGGACUAAUUUCGCGUCAUCUGUGUUUAGCUACCGGUACAGAUAAAUCGUUUUAUUUUACACGUGCAUUAAAUAUCCGUCAUUCUUCUUUAUCAUAAUUUGUGAAAGCCUGUGUAGGUAAAUAUGGCGCAAAUACACGGAGUAAUAGUGAAGAUGGAUUUUGUAUAGUAGUAUAACAUAAACAUAUUCGUAGGAAAUUAUCGAAUUUUCAAUUUUUUCUGUUGAAAUGUGGUGCGCCAAUCCAAUGGUUGUGGAUACAUUGGAAGCUGAUCCGUACUCUGGGUACGCCGAGUGCCAGGACGGCGUGGGAGAUCAGGAAAUAGACGACAAAGUUUCAGAUCACAUCCCAGUAUAUCCAUCUCGUCCUCCAUCGCUCGCAAGAUCGGCUUCCUGUAAUCGGAUUAAUCUCGCACUUCCCAAUCGGAAGCCAAAACGAAGUCUCAGUUCAAGCGGGACACAAAGGCCAUUUGUACGUAUAAGUCGGGUUCAAAGUUCAAAGGGAAUUGACAGAGAGACAACGCCAAUAAAAGAAAAACUAAAAAGAAGUGAUUCAGUCAUAACUCGCUUAGCACGCCAGUAUUCGUUCGGUCGAUCUAGGCGUUCCGGAUCGAGUUCGACGAAUAUGAGUUCAGUGCAAUCCGCUGUAGACACAACAACUGUGAAAAACAUUGGUAAAUCGCCGAGACGAAGACGGGGUAAAAACUCGAAAAAUGAUAAUAAAGUUACAGAGGCUUUAAUUGAAAUACCACCUUCUUCUAAUAAAUUGAACGUUGUAAAAAAUACACACGGUCGCGUGCCACCACCGCUUGAUAUGACUGUUUCCAAUCCACACAUAAACGGACAAGAUCUCAUUUCAUCGCCUGAAUCUUGUCCGAGUUCUCCUCCGCACUUUAAUACUUCAUUUUCUAUGCCUACUGAGAAUAAAUCGUCCGAAAAUAUAAACAAUAAAAUUUCUUCAUCAAAUCUGCUUUCUGUGGACAACAGGAAGAAACCUAGAGCAGCUUCGCCAAUUUCGGCGGACGAUUCGCCAUUGCCCUCACCUCCUAUUGACGACAAAGCAUAUGACAGUGGUCGUAUGAGCAUGUCAUCUUUUCGUUCAUUUGGGAGUGGACGGCCUACUAGCCUAAGUUCAGUGACGUCAUCAAUUUCAUCACGGACGUCCAGAGGGAGUGAUUAUUUCAGCAGUGCGUCAUCUAAUGGUCAAUCCGAUCAACAACACCAGGUUACUUCUUAUCGUCUUGGACUUCAAACAGUGUUACCGGAUCUCAACGAAACGACUCCCGAUGAAACGACCAAGAGCAAAUAUACCAAUUCGCGAGCAGCUGCUUUUGCUGCCCACGAUCGCCAAAAUAAAAAUUUGGACGAUGUCGACGCUCUUGCACCAGUGGCAAACCUGGCCAUGAUUGCCAACCCGGAUUUAUCUUACGUUGAUCGUGUUAUAUUGGAAUUACUUGAGACAGAAAGGAUGUACGUACGAUCUCUGAAAGAUAUUUUAACGGGUUAUCUAUUUGUCAUCCGAAGUACACCCGAGUUGAAAAUUCCGCCGCAUGACGUCGAUGAUCUGUUUGGAAAUAUUCGAGAUAUUUAUGAUUUUAAUAGAAAUUUAUUGAGUGAACUAGAAGCUUGUGAGGGUGACCCAGGAGAAGUGGCUCAAUGUUUUGUUUCCAAGGAUGAAGAUUUCAAAGUAUACACUGAAUAUUGCACAAACUAUCCAUCAUCGGUUGCGGCUAUGACAAGUUGUAUGCGUGACCAGAAUUUGUCUCAAUUCUUCAAGAUACAACAGGAUAAGUUACGUCACACCUUACCUCUUGGAUCAUACUUAUUAAAACCAGUGCAGAGAGUGUUGAAAUAUCAUCUGUUAUUACAAGAAUUGGUAAAACACUGCGAUAAAGACGAGGAGGGAUAUCAAACAAUACAGGUUGCACUUCAAACCAUGACCAGGGUUGCAAGACAUAUCAAUGAAAUGAAGAGAAAACACGAAGAUGCUGUUCAUAUACAGGAAAUUCAAAGUCUUCUGACAAAUUGGCAGGGCAAUGAAUUAACAACCUACGGAGAACUGAUCAUGGAGAGUGAAAUGAAAAUGCAAGGAGCAAAAAACGAAAGACAAGUUUUCUUAUUCGAGAAAAUGAUUUUGAUUACAAAGAGAAGAGAAGACGGGUUUUUAGUGUGCAAAGCUAACAUCAUGUGUGCCAAUUUGGUUCUUCUGGAAAGCAUCCCCAACGUACCAUUGGGAUUUCAAAUCCAACUUUUCGCGGAUAGAGCUGCAUGCGUUACUCCUCAGCAAAAUGGAUCACAAGAGCAGGCUCGGCAACAAUGCUAUAUUUUAUUGGCGCCCUCGCAAGAAGAAAAAGCAGUUUGGACCUAUCACAUCAAAAGACUAAUCAUUGAGACAAUGCAAGCAUCUAUUCCUCUGCAGGCGAAGAAAAGCAUUAUGCGAAUGAGACCCGUUCGAGACGGGGAUGGUGACGGCGACUCCGAAGAAGAUCGCAUGCGAAAGAAAAGCAAAUCGAGGUUUGGUCCAAGUGCUAUCCUUGGCAACCAAGAUGGAAAGAAUAACAAAUCUGCACUCGCUCGUUUAACCAGCACUGCUUCAUCUGCGAAUCUUCUGAACAGCGGAGCUAAGAAGACAACAUCGUCUACUCCAGCAACACAAUCAAAACCUAGACGAAGAUCAGACUCCAUGUCUAGGAAGAAUUUACACAAAAAAGCCUUGAAACGUAAAGACGAAGUGGAGAGCAGCGAUGACAUUAGCACAGAUUCCGCUCCCAAUACACCAGCCGGGAAUAAAGUCGCUGGAAAAUUCUCUUUUCCUGGAUUCAGACAAAGCACUCGUUCUGGUCACGUAGCACAGCCAAGCAAACUAACAACGACACAAGCACAAACCAGGGCAAACACUUCGCCGCAAUUAAUAAACUCGAAAAAGAAAACGACGCAAGCUGGCGGCGAAAAUAAAAACGGAUCAACGAAUCAACCAGAAGUCGUUAAACGACACCAUAAUUCUGUUAUAUAUAGGCGACACAAACGUAGGACAAGUCAGCCAAUUACAAUAACUGAAAAGCGUCUAAGUAUGAAACUUACAGAAGAAGAUGAAGAUGCAGCAGAUAAAGACGAUGAAGUGGACGGAGUCGAAAAAUUUGACGAUGAUGACCUUAUGAACUUUAACCCCCUGACUGCUCGUGAAAGUGUCAGUUGGGAUAUUCAGAUAGUGGAAGCAGUUUUUGAACGCUAUAAAAAAGAAGAGACAUCUCCCGUGUCGCCCCAACCAGAGAAGUCUCCCGAACUGGGGUCCACGUAUUUGACAGUGCCGAGUGAUGUAGCUCCUUCGCCUUUGAUGUCACUGGACCAUACCCCGAUUCUGAGUCAAAGACGAAAAAGUCGAAUUGUUGUCGUACCCUCUUCUGAUACAUCAGAUGAUGAAAUUGAAAAGAAAAGGAAAUCGUCUUCAGCAAGCACGAGUAUUAUUCGACGAAAGAAAGACAAGAACGCCCCAACUACACAUAGAACAAGCGGCGUGGUGUACUCCUUGUCACAGCAAAGAGACAUGGAAUCGAAUGGUGAUGCAAAAUCAGUAUUACGAAAAGCGUCUCAAGCACCAGAUAACGUUAGAAAUUCUCUCGUAUUGCAUGAGAGUGAUACAGAUGAAGAAACGAAUCAAAUACUCAAAGAAAAAGCCGUUACAGCAAGACGCAAAAGUUCCCUCAAACGCAGAGAACGUAAUUUACGCAAAAAGGCUAACGGUACCUCUUCUCCGUCUAAACAACAGGGAGAAACUUACAACGGCGGUACAAGAAGAGGGAGUCUCUAUGACAACAUGGAUGACAACGUCAAAGUUAAUGAUGACGCCAUGAACGCAACGGUAACGUCUUCCGAACAAUGCGUGCCUACGCAAAGCAUUGUCGAUUCAAAUACAAGCAGCACCACUUCCAUUGUUACAGUACAAUCAAGUUCAUUGGCUUCUAUAUCGUCCACAUCAACUGUCGAUGUCACUUCUGCUAAUUACAAUAAUAAUAAUGAUAGAUCGUUUAAAAAAUCUAGAGAUAUGAAUGUCAAAGUCAAUAAAGAUUUCAAACAUAUUCCAGUCGGCAAAGUGAGAGGACUCAUCGACAAAAUGUGGAAUUCGCCACACGCUGAACCUAUGUCGCCAUCUUCGAAAGCAAAAUUCAUUAUGACGCCAUCUUCAGGACGUACACCCAUCACUAGUCCAACUUUCAGCUCUGAAAAAUCAUUUACGUUCGAACCAAAAGCAGUUUCAGGAACGACGUCUCCUGUCGUAAGCCCCAAACUUGUUAAGAAAUCAACUAAUCCCAACUGCAAUAACAAUAAUAAUAAUAUAUUUUCAACAUCGCCGCGGCUUUCUGAGACGAAUGAUUUUAUGGAAUUAAAUAUUUCUGAGAAGCACGACAGCACUUCUGUCGUAUCCAGCACUUGUGGUUCUAUUAUGUCUCAUUCUGAUCACAGCAUGAACUCACAAAAAGGAAAACAUUUUCCUAAUAAGAACCUCAUAUCUACGAAGCCAGAAACUGUUUUGACUACCGGUAGCUUACCGCUAACUAUAACAAGCAGUAGCGAUAGCAGUGAGGGUGAAAGUAACACUAUUACACAAAGGGUGAAACGGUUGUCUAUGGGAGAACGCGAUUAUCAGAAAGCAGCUGAUAUCGAUACGAACUCUGAUAUGAAAAAAUCUAACACACCACUUUUGUAUUUGAGACGUACUUUUUCACAAGAAGAUACAAAUCUAAAUCGUCGUAGUUCGAAUCUUGUUUUGGAAGCACGAAUGAGCGCAGAAUACACAAAUGAAAUUUCGUCGUCUUCUGCAAUAAAUACUGAACGGGUGAGCUGUAAUCUUGAUGGAGAUGAUUUCACAUUCGGUGGCGUUGAAGAAACAAUCUGUGAUACAAAGCAAUAUGAUUUCGAAAAUCUUUGUAUAACCACCCCCGAUGAUUCAAAAAUUAAGGACAAAAUGUCAGAGGAAUUUGAACACGUUUGCAGCGAUUUAGAAAUCAGUACACGAUUCAGUAGCCUUGAAUCACAUGCGUUUUCCGCGAGUGAAGAAGACAAUUUGAAAUUACCGAGAACAGAACUUGAUAUAAGAACAGAACAAUUUACUGUAGUUAGUCGCACGAAACAUACAAAUGAUACUUCUAUAGAAAAUGUUGAAAAUUCCGAAAUUGGUACAAAAGAAAAGCCUAAAAUUUACGGAAUUAAACUACCCGAUACUACCACUGGAAUGCGAAGAUAUGGACAACAAUACGGCCAGAACAUACUUCCAAACCGGUCCGAUUCUAUUCGUUCCACAAAGUCGGAAUAUAUUUCCACCCGAUUGUCGAAUGCCAAUAGAGACGGCGAAACGAGGGGAAGAUCUUUGGGACUAAGAAGUCGAAAUUCAUUUGCCUCUACAUUGUCGUCAAAAGAACUACAGGUGAUUCCUCAAAGCAAUGUAUCGAAAUUGGCCAAACAAUUCAGCGAAAUUUGUAUGCAAUCAGAAAAACUUGCUGCAUGUCCACCAAGACGGAGCAGAUCUGUGGAGGCGGGAGCAAGAGCAAGACACAGAAUGAAAGCGCGUGAAGAAAGAAAAAACCACGAACGAUCAGACACCGCCGAUGCUAAGGUCCAGUCGCCAUCUCCUCGGGAAACUACAAAUAUAAAAUCAAUGUCUACGCAAGAUCUGCAAUCAAAAACAAAAUCCCCCGAACUCGAAAAGAAGUCAAAUCCUACAAACCAACGAACCGGACGGACACCUUCAAAAUAUUCAUUCCAACAGGCGGCAGUGAAAGUCGACGAAACCUUCGUUUGCGAAACGGUUUCCAGACCAGCGAAGAAAACCCUAACCGUGGUAUCAUCGACACGUGUUUCUAUAAGCGACGAGGACGACGUGUUUCCCGAUUCACCUAAAUCCAUGCCAUCCCCGCCUAAGACAGAUGACACUGAAGCCCCUAACAGAAAAAAACUGUCGCUCGUGGAACUUUUCGCCGCUAAUCCACACAAGGAAAAUCUUGCCAAACCUGAAUCGCUCACAAAUCAAAAUGACGAUUCCUCGUCAUUAGAAAAUCCCGUCAUACCUGAAAUCAAAUCCCAUAAUUCCGUCUUGCAAAACGCGACUGAGAGCCCUCCCAGCGUUCGAGUUAUUUUGGUACGAACGCCGGACGAUGAACAAGGACCAGGUAUAUUGGAGCCUCGAGUGCUGAACUUAGACUCGAGAAACAAAAGGGGAGCAUUAUCACCCCCGCCUUUAGAGAAGCGGCAUAGCUGGACAACGCGAUUGGAUGAGAGCGAUGUGCCUCAACGAAGAACUAGGCUGAGGUCGUCGUCUUUGACGCGAAAGAGAAAUCGAGCGAUCAUCUCACCCGAGUCGCGAUGAAUUUAAAAUAUAUAAUUAUUUGUUAAUAUUUUAAUCCACAAUUUGGAUAAAAUGCUUGCUUGGCCAAUCAUGAGUUAUACGAGUGGAAGUUCACUUCUAGAUGCUUAGUUAAUUUCGGACAAAUCUGAUCUAUGCGCUUACCAUGAAUUUAUCAAAGCCACCGGGUAUAAAGCUGGAUAAUUUAAAUAUAGAUUUCGUGCAAUAUCAUUUCGCUGGUGACAUCACUGACAAGUCACAAUUCGAUUAGAUUUUCAGAAAGCAAGUGACGUUUACCUUAUUAAUAAUAAAAUAAUAUAUCAGUAUUUUAUUUCCUUGUACUAGAUAAAUUACUACUUAACAUGAAACUAAUCUGGCAUCCCGAUAUUGACUUAGCAUAUACUAAUUACAACUAAUUUCAACUACCCUAAUCAUAUAGGGAAUUUUUGCUAUUGCUAUGUGCGUUUGAGAUCAAAAUCUUAUAUUACCUAUAUUUAUCAACGCUAAUUAUUCAUGCUUGACCCUUGGAAAAUAGAUUGUUUCAGAUCGAUGACAACGCACCUAUUCUUUCUACUUAUUGUCCUAUAUAUUUAUGUAUUUCGUUUUAUCGUGAAUUAUCAAAUUUUCGCACAAAAGGGACUACUUCUGUCUCCAGUAUUACCGCUAUCACUUAUUAAAAUAUUAUUAUUGCAUUGAUACUUUUUGUUCCAUAAUUUUUGUUGUUAUAUUUGCUAUCUUAAUUAUUAUUCUUGGUAUUAUAUUGUUAUUACAGCGUAUGAUGAAAUAAUAUUCAA